AGCGCAAGUAUGUCAUCGACAUGCAUCAUGCACUAACAAAUAGAUUUGAGAUCAUAUCCAAAAAGAGCUGGACGGCGUUUGGGAAAAGGAAACGGGACCAUUUGCUUGCAAGACAUUCUUCGAUAUCUAGAUCAAUCCCGAUUUGUCGCUUUGGGCGAACAAACACGAGGGACUGAACCACACACUCAAGCGUCGAAGAGAUAUGUACAGUAUGUAUAUAUGUACACUACAACAACACGAUAACUAUUAGUUAAAUGCAACACACUGCACCAUCCAAUCCAACACCUCGCUCUUCCACCCGUUCGCCCAAUACAACCGCAACGGAACGUUCCUCCUGCGGCCUCCUCUGCGGCCCUUAUCACCAACACGUCCAUCACAGACAGAAUUACCGCAUAAUCACAUCUCUCUCCCCUCUUUCCUCACAAUUCCCCCUUGUUCGUGAUCGAACGACAGGAGGGGAGAUUUCGCUCCAUUGCAUGCAUGCUGCAUUAAGGCGUAGCGCGCGCUCUAAACUGCACGCGCGGCACAGCACGGCAGAUCACAUCACAUCGACAGGGGGGCGAAUGAAGACAUCUAACUGGACACAAGACGAUGCAACACUUUUUUCUCCGCUUCAAACUUCGAACACACGCCAAUGGAAAUGUUUCCGCCUCCAGCUUGAACCGUUCGGGGGAGAGGGAAGGAACACGAAACGGAAUCGAGGACCAGAGAAACGUACCAUAUGAGAAACGAAACAUUUUCCCUCCAAACACUCCUGUCGCACAAAGGACGAGAUAACGUAUCAAGAGUUCGAUCCAGCGCCUCCAUGCAGUGCG